UUGACACUGGUGUGUUUUGUGAACGUAUUGUGAAUUGUUAUUUUCCUGAAAAAAAUGUAUACACCAAGAUACAGCGUCUAGAAAUAGAAUCCAUUUUGCCGUUGCGGAAUGCUCUGAUUUCUGUGUCAAGUGAUGGUAUCUGGGGCUAAUGGUCAAACGGAAGGACGGACGGACGGACAAGGGCAAAUCUAUAUGCCCCCCUCCCCCGAGUGGGGGCAUAAAAUGCAGCAAUUAGGCCUUAGAUACAUGAGUUAUAACUAAUUUUGACCAAAUGACCGGGGGUCGUUUUUUUAUGGGAGUCAAUAUUCUUCGUGAGGUUCAGUUUACUUCACAUGGGGGAGUCAUGGUACUAUGAUCUGGAGGUCAUAAUACUAUGACCGGGGGGUCACUUUUUCUAUAGAAUAAUGACCGGGGGGUCAUUAUUCUAUGGGGGUCGAAAUACUUCAUUACACCGACGCUGGGGGCGUGAAAGGUGUUGCACAAUAAUUACUUGUACAAACUCGGUCUAACCGAGUAUGCUAUUCUAUUGCUUGGUUGCGUUCUAUGUUUUCAAAGAAUCUUCUUGUAGAUUUCAUUUAUAUUAGAGGAGACUGGUAAAGCGUAAACCGGGUUAUCGUUUAGAGUUAACUCCAUUUCUUGGUAACUCGUCGUUUUCUUACUUUCAUAAAAAAGAUGGGUUUUUCAACUGUAUUAAAUCUACGAUCGUAAUGCCAGGAACAUGGUAUGGCAUAUACAUGUGUAUAGUCUGUAUUCAGACCGUAUUUUUUGUUCAUAGGAGACGACUCUAGGGGCUAUGUAGGUAGUGAAAAAAAUGCAGUUAAGACAUUUUCUAAAAGAAGAUUAUCCAGUCGGUAGCGAGACUACGUGUCACGCUAACCUAACAUCAAUAAAACAUCAAUGCUUUAUUUAAAAAAAAAAACAGAACUGCAUGUACAUUGUUGUACAUCGGGAUAAUUUGGUGGUUAAUUCCUCUAGUUAUUUUGUUUGGUAAAGGCAGCACAACGCAACGGUGUUUGGAGUAUCAUUCCACGGCACGCCCAACGACAAUGCAUUCGUCCGAGUGUAUGUACAGUAUAGUCCUUCGACUCCUGGGUGGAUAUGUGCUUUCUAUUAGUCGGCUAACUGGUGUCUGUUCUAUAUGAUAGGCAGCGACAAGCGUAUGCCAAUUUCGGCUCCCAGUAUUUCGUUCUAUCCCAGAAUUUUCUCUUUUUAAGCUACAAUGCAGUAUAUGGUGGUCAUUUAAGCAACUGUUAUAUAUGGUUUCCCACACAAUGCAGUAUGUAUGCAUAUAUAUAAUGAUAGUUAUUUGUGUGGGAAACCAUAUAGAACAGUAUAAGCCAAAAAAUGUUAAAAUAUUUAGAAGUAGUUGUUUUUUCUUCGAAAUGAGCCUUAAUCUUAGUAAUUAAUCUAAAUAUCUCAAAAAGAAGCAUAGAUAGCCAUGAUUGUUAUGGUAUAUGAUAGAGGCAACUAGUUUUCAGUUGAAAGAAAUAGGAUAAAAAUGUAAUGUUUAGUAUAACCGGGAUAUUUUCUCAGGAAGAAAAUUACAUCAACUUGUCCUGAAAUUUAAUUUAUACUUUUGAAAUUAAUUCAAAACUUGUUAUGAUAUUUUCCUUUCUUUACCUUAAAAAUGGGCAUGGUGACAUACCCUUAUCGCUGAAAUUGAUAGAGUAUAUAUUGAAGUAGCUAUAGACUGUAAAAUUUAAAAAGAAAACAAUUCGAUUAUAUAAAAAACAUGGUUUUUGUUGUAGUUCCUCAUAAUGUUAAUCCUGAACCAAUCAUUUUGAUGUCUCCCAAUUUUGAUCCUUUGAACUUGUGUUUUGGCUUUAAAUGUACAAUAAAGUACCAAUAUAUGAUUUAUCCCUCGCUCUUUCUAUAGAUAAAGAUACAUGAGCAUUUUAGGGGUCAAAGCAACAGUUUGCCCUGAAUGUUUUAAGGUGCACUGCAAGUGAAUCUUCUAUAUCUAAAGGCAUACAGGCACUAAAUAGAAAAAUGGCGCGAAAAAAAAUGGUAGUCGCAUAAUGGCGGAUACAAAUAGUCCUCAGUUUGUUUUCUUUUUGCUCUGUAGAGCUAUUUUCCUUAUUUUCUUUGCAAUGUUUUUGCUAAAAUCACAUGACAGAUCUGUGCUUGACAUGUAGGUAGCAUUUUCAUAAUGAAAUAACAACAUAUGACAAAAUUUUUCAUGGAAACUUAGAUCAUACACCACCAGUAUAAUUUGGGGUCUCAUUUUUUAGCUGAUUUUGCAGUUUGUGUGUUUGACUGAAAUUAUUUUUCUUGCAUCAAACAUGACCCCCACUUUUCUUUUGAUUUUUAGUUAGCACUGACAAUUAAUAUUCUUCAAGAAAAUUUAAGUUACAGACAUUUAAAAUGGGUCCUGAUGUGCGCUGCGGUCAUUGGAAAUAGGUCAAUUUUAUAUAGAAUAAAGAACAAAACAACUAUUUAGUGUGUUAUAACCUAAAGCGUAGGAGGGACCCCUUCGAUGAUGAGAAACAACUCUUGAUCAUUUUAAUAGAUUUUAGCUAAUUUUACUCUCCCUUUAAUCAUAAAGUCCACUUUAAUGUUUCUAUUUUUAUCGCUGACGCAUAAGCGCUUUUGACGUUAUUAACGUUCGUUAAAUUAAUUUGCAGAUAUUUAAUAUCGAUUAAUUUAUGCGUAAUGCACAUUUCUUAGCUUUAACACGAAAAAUAAAAAUGGUUUAAAUCUCUCGGAUACAGGGAUUCUGGGAUCCUAAAAAUAGAAACACCGUUGCGAUAACGUCAGAGCGAGAAAACGCGGGAACACGUCUGUGUCGUUUAUGCUGACGCAUUUACUUUGUACCCGUUAGUGUUGGACGCUUAAACGUGAAAUAUAUUUAAAAAAAAUACAGGAAAAUAAGAUCAAAAUGUUGACAAAUGACAAUACAGAGGAGACUAAACUGCACCUCGCUGCGUUGGAAUCCUACAGCACGGGGAAAAUAACGCCGUUGUUGAAAGAAGAGCUGAAAUAUUACAUACAGUCACGACGUUUGUCAGAAGGCAAGAAUGAACUUGUCGUAGAUUUUAAUACAGUACCCAAGAAAUCACAGUUACGACCAGAAGAGGUGGCUAGACUUGAGAGGCGACGAGAACAGAAUCGUAGAGCAUCCGAGAAAUUCAGGGGCAAGAAGAAGACAGAAUUACAAAAUUUGCAAAAGGUGUGUCAACAUUUGGAGAAGAGGAAUAAGGAGUUGCUGAGAGAAGUCGGUAACCUUCAGGCGGAGAGGGAUGCCAUGUAUGAACGUGUGAUGAAAGUUCUACAAAUGCAUGAUGUCAAAACAUACUGAAUUUCAGGAUAGUGAAGGACUUCCACAAAAUGUUGUAUUGUUUGGGAUAUGUUUUUGAAGAACACGAAGCUAGGUGCUUAUAUUCAUGUUGAUACGAUAUUUUGAAAAGUGUAAUUUUGUUUGGACGACAAAAAUGUUAUGUAUUAUAAUUAUCCUAUUAGAAUCAUUUCCAAAAAGUAAAGUUACUGAUUGUUGUUAUCAACAAAGAAGAGACCAGAGUUUAAUGAUCAUUUAUUGCUAGAUGCACUGUUGAACAUAUGCACAUAAUUAUUGUUAAUCAUCCUUAUGAGAAGUGUAGUUAAUUCAACUGCUUGUAGUAUGUAGUAUAUGGGUUGAAAUUGUUGAACAAAAAUCAGCAUAGACAGUUACAGUUUAACAAGAUAGAAUGGAUUUGUAUAGGUGAUAAUAGACAUGUCUAACUGGAAAAUGAAUCAUGCAUUUGGUUUGAUUUUAUGUAUAUGACAUUUUUAUCGCGUUUAUUGCUCAGAUGCAUAUUAUAUACUGUAUUGCACACAAAUAUUGUAAUAUUUCUAAAAACUAAACGUUUUUCCCCCCAAACUUGGUUAAACAAUUGCAGUAACAUUUCCUAUGAGAUAAAAGAGUGGUCUGUUUUGAAAAAAAUCAAGACCUUUCAUAAAAAUGUGUCUCCAUAAUUAUCUUCCGUGAUAAUAUUUCCAUGUCAGUGAUGUUACCCUCUUAAAUAUAUCAUAGUAAAAUAUCAAAGCUGCAACCAGUUUAUGGGAAUAUAUUUCCACAGGUUCUUAGUAUGCUUUAGUUUUGCUUAUAAUGAUAUAUGAGAUAUGCAUCCCCUGUCUGUAUCAUACCCCCAUCUUCACAAACAUUUUCCCCUGUCUGUAUCGUAGCCCCAUCUUCGCAAAACAUUUUUCGGUUUCUAAAGAAUUUCAUAGGCUCACUCCUAACAUAAUAAUUCCACCUUAAGAAAUAUUCAUAUUUUAUGUCAUUCUAAUAUCAAACUUUUAUGCGAUGUUAUGUAACUGUUUUUCAUGAAAUUAAAAUUAAAAACAAUAACCCCAAUAAUUGCUGUACAUCACGUGUAUCAGGUAUAUCAUAUAAGAAUCCACAGUUAUUUGUUUUCCUCCUUCGCACUUCAAUGUUUGAUUUAGAGAACACUGAAUCAGAGCUGUACAGGUUCGCGACUGUUGGAUGAUUAUAUCUUUGAUGCUGCCAGACCAGUACUAACCCUUAGCCUGCUGGCGGCAAGUGAUUCUGCCUUUGCGGCCACUGCAGACCAAUAUCAGCCUGCACAUCCACUGUUCGCUAUUCAACAGUCAGUAAAUUUUCAAUGAACACCCAUUCAAAUAGUAAAUGGUAUGGCUCAAAUUGAAUGAAGGACUAGUCCAUUUUAAAAAGUUAGCGUGCUAAAGGCUAAUGUGCCCCAUUCUCUAUAUUGAGGGAUGUAAUAGAUUUACGUUAGACCUGCUUGCAUCCGGUAUGAUGAGGCUCAUAAUGCCUUCAUUUAUAAUGUGACUGCCACAUUAUUUUGCUAUGAACAUAAAAUAUAUUAAUUCAUUGCUAAAUCCUAUUUCUGAUAAUUGUGUUCGCUAAUAUUUAUG